CAUCUCCAAACACUCUUAUCACAUAGAAAAAGGAAAAUAGACACCGCGCGCUUCCGAGUCGCCUCGUUCUCAGAAGUGAGUUUGACUCGCCCGGACCUGUCUGUUGUCAUUUCAGCCAUGGACGAAGUGGAUCGUUCUCGAGCUUUUCUCAAAGACGUUAAGCGCAUCGUUCUCAAGGUUGGGACUGCGGUUGUGACUCGAAACGAUGGAAGAAUUGCGCUGGGAAGAUUAGGCGCGCUGUGUGAGCAGCUCAAGGAGUUGAACUCUCUAGGAUAUGAGGUUAUAUUGGUGUCAUCAGGAGCGGUGGGCCUCGGUCGUCAGAGGCUUAGAUACAGGAAAUUAGUGAACAGCAGUUUUGCUGAUCUGCAAAAACCGCAAGUGGAACUUGAUGGGAAGGCAUGUGCAGCUGUUGGACAAAACUGUCUGAUGGCUCUCUAUGAUACGUUGUUUAGUCAGUUGGAUGUCUCAUCAGCUCAGCUUCUUGUAACAGAUAGUGAUUUUAGGGAUAGAGAUUUUAGAAAGCAACUUAGUGACACCGUGAAAUCAUUGUUAUCUCUUAAGGUUAUUCCUAUAUUUAAUGAAAAUGAUGCAGUCAGCACCAGGCGAGCUCCAUAUGAGGAUUCUUCUGGAAUAUUUUGGGAUAAUGACAGUUUGGCAGCUCUACUGGCUUUGGAGCUAAAAGCUGAUCUUCUUGUUCUUUUGAGUGAUGUGGACGGUUUAUACAGUGGGCCUCCAAGUGACCCACGUUCGAAGAUUAUCCAUACAUACAUAAAGGAGAAGCAUCAAAGUGAAAUUACUUUUGGAGACAAAUCUAGAGUGGGAAGAGGGGGCAUGACUGCUAAAGUAAAAGCUGCUGUCAAUGCAGCUUACGCUGGCAUCCCUGUUGUUAUCACCAGUGGGUAUGCUCCGGGAAACCUCAGUAAAGUACUUGAAGGACAACGUGUUGGUACCCUCUUCCAUCAAGAUGCACAUUUAUGGUCUCCAGUUAAAGAAGUUGAUGCAAGAGGGAUGGCAGUUGCGGCCAGGGAAAGUUCAAGAAGGCUUCAGGCCAUGACUUCUGAAGAAAGGAAAAGAGUUCUUCUGGAUGUAGCUGAUGCCCUUGAAGCAAAUGUAAGGUUGAUCAAUGUUGAAAAUGAAGCUGAUGUUUCUGCUGCACAAGAAGCGGGAUAUGAAAAAUCCUUGAUAUCUCGGCUGGCUCUAAAGCCUGGGAAGAUUAAAAGUCUGGCAAACUCUAUCCGUGUGCUUGCAAACAUGGAAGAUCCAAUUGGUCAUGUUUUGAAAAGAACUCAGCUUGCAGAAGGUCUCGUCUUAGAGAAAACAUCAAGCCCAUUGGGUGUUCUCCUGAUUGUAUUUGAGUCUCGUCCUGAAGCGCUAGUACAGAUAGCUUCAUUAGCGAUCCGAAGUGGGAAUGGGCUUCUCUUAAAGGGUGGAAAAGAGGCUAAGAGAUCAAAUGCAAUUUUACACAAGAUUAUAACUGGAGCCAUCCCAGACAGUGUUGGUGGAAAACUAAUUGGACUUGUCACUUCAAGAGAGGAGAUUCCAGAUCUUCUUAAGCACGAUGACGUGAUUGAUCUUGUGAUCCCAAGGGGCAGCAAUAAACUGGUUUCUCAAGUCAAGAAUUUAACCAAGAUUCCAGUUCUUGGGCAUGCUGAUGGCAUAUGCCAUGUGUAUAUUGAUAAGUCUGCUAAUAUGGAUAUGGCAAAGCGAAUUGCUGUGGAUGCAAAAGUAGAUUAUCCAGCAGCCUGUAACGCGAUGGAAACACUUCUUGUCCAUAAGGAUUUAAAGGAUACAACUGAGUUCAAUGAUCUUGUGGUUGACCUUCGCGCUGAAGGUGUUACUUUAUAUGGUGGACCAAGGGCAAGCUCCUUGCUCAAUAUUCCACAAGCGCAUUCAUUCCAUCAUGAGUACAGUUCAAUGGCUUGCACUGUUGAGUUUGUGGAUGAUGUGCAUGCAGCCAUUGAUCAUAUACAUGAACAUGGAAGUGCACAUACUGAUUGCGUUAUCGCAGAAGACCUAGAAGUUGUAGAUGCCUUUUUAGGUCAAGUUGACAGUGCUGCCGUUUUUCACAAUGCAAGCCCAAGAUUUUGUGAUGGCGCUCGAUUUGGACUUGGCGCAGAGGUUGGGAUAAGCACGAGUCGAAUUCAUGCUCGGGGCCCUGUAGGAGUAGAAGGAUUGUUAACAACAAGAUGGAUUCUCAGAGGAAAUGGACAAGUUGUGGACGGUGAUAAGGGGGUUAUUUACACCCACAAGGACCUCCCAAUUGAGCCCUAAAUUUGCCAACAAUCAUGACCAGCCAUCUCUACCCAUUCCCAGGUGCCAGGUGGUCACUGGGAAGAGAGAGAGAGAGAGAGAGAGAGAGAGGAGAGAGAAUAAAAUAUGUUGUAUUGGCUAUUGGCCUGAUGCUUUAUGUUAUCUUAGGCAUGAUUUGUAGAUUAUUACUCGCUUAAGUUUUUAGCACAUUGAUAACCAAUUGAAGUGAAACCAUUUCUUUACUCAACUCAA